AUAAACCCAAAUUGUUUCCAUUCCCACAGUUCUGAGCUCUCUUCUAAAACCCCCCUUCGGUUCUAUUCUGUACUGUACACUCUCAACCGCCCAACAAUGGCUUCAAUCUCAUCCAUUUCGUCAACCCCAAAUCUAUUCCACCACUCCGUCAAACUUCUCAGAGCCUCACCCAAACUCUCUCUCCAAAUUCUUAAGCCAACCCCAACAUCACAUUCUCACAAACUCACUUCAUCUUAUCUGAUUAUAGCUCCUUCUCCUAGGCACUCACAGAGACUGUUCGCCGUCGCUGAAGAAACCUCUGUCGAUACAACUUCCGAGGCUGCCCGAAGACUUUACAUCGGCAACAUUCCUAGGAACCUCAAGGACGACGAGCUCACUAAGAUUGUUGAAGAACAUGGUGCUGUAGAGAAGGUCGAGGUUAUGUACGAUAAGUAUUCUGGUAGGAGCCGCAGGUUUGCAUUUGCGACGAUGAAGACGGCUGAGGAUGCCAGUGCAGCUAUUGAAAAGCUGAAUGGAACUGAGAUCGGAGGACGAGAAAUCAAAGUAAACAUAACAGAGAAACCCCUGUCAAAAGUAGACAUGUCACUUCUCCAGGGCGAGGAAUCCCAAUUUGUCGAUAGUCCUCACAAAGUUUAUGUUGGAAAUAUAGCAAAGGAUGUUACUACGGAAACUCUCAAGAACUUUUUUUCUGAGAAGUUCAAUGUUCUUAGUGCGAAAGUUUCUCGGGUUCCAGGGACAUCAAAGUCCACAAGAUUUGGGUUUGUAACUUUCUCAUCAGAGGAGGAUGUGGAAGCUGCUAUCUCGUCCCUUAACAACUCUUUAUUGGAAGGUCAACCAAUUCGUGUAAACAAGGCGUAGUAUAUAGCUAGCUGGAGGAAGGGAUAUUUUUUCAGUGUGUUUUACUUGUACUGAUUGUGAUGCUGGAGCUUAAUUAUGAUGUAGCAAUUUAAUUGUCCAUACAUAAUAUAUAACCCUUCGAUGUCGUAUACUUAUAUUUGGCAUAUGUAUCUUUUAUGUCCUUUAUGGUCAUUUCCUUAAGCUACUUUUGGUGCAUUGUCGUUUAGCACUCUUUUUGAAUUGUAAUCAAAACUUGUCGUUUGAGAUGUGAUUUAAAAGCAUCUUAACAUUGAAAGAUAUAACCUAGCCACAAUUAAUAUCA